CAUUUCACCCCAAACAUUGAGAGAGCGAAAAAAAAUUGACAGAUAUGUGAUAAAAGUUAAAAAUUACGGGAAGGCAAAUCGUUAAUUGUUAUUCAAAUCGCUAAGAAUUCCAAUUUCUUUACCAGCCGUAAAUAUGGUAGUUUAUAAACUAGAGCAAUUUCCUUUUGUGUGCCGGAUGUGUCUGAAGCCUGAGACUAAAAAAGGAAUGAUUCCACUGAGUCAAAAGGAUCCAGUUUUCGACGGAAGUAUACAGGAUUUUAUUACGGCGAUAACUUUCGAAGUUGCGGAGCCAAACUGUGUCCUUCUUCCACGAGCAGUUUGUCAACAGUGUUUGGAAUUGCUUAAGUUUUUCGCUAAGUUUCGCUUGAAGAUGCUUAAUAUGCAUCAUUUUAUGAAUUCACUGAUAGAGCUGAAAAAUUCCAACUCGUCACCAAUGAUCAAUCUGUUCGAAACAAAACGCGAUCAGCUUACGAUUUUAUUCAAGGAUCUUGAUUUAUGCACUAAGAAAGAUGUUACUAUAAAGGAGUUGUUAGAUGAAUUUCCAAACUAUCACAUUGCGAAACUGGCCGUGGAUGAUAAAAUAACUUUGCAGCAUGGACCAAUUAAAGAUCCUACGAAGAAUGUACAGUUACUGGAGGAAUGUACUGCUGAUGAAUUGGCCGAGAUGAUUUUUAGGUCUGUAAGAAGUGAAAGCGAGAAAUUGGACGAAGAGAACCCCACUCCAACAGAAAAAGCAUUGGAAAAAUACCGGAAGGAAGAACCACUCAAAUGUCAGAAGUGCAAGUACAGUACGCACUUUCCAGCGAAUUUUCGGAACCAUCAAGCUGUGCAUUUGAAAAAGGAAGAGAAAACCUACGAGUGCGUUCACAGUGGAUGCACGGAGGUGUUCAACGAUUCUCGAUCCCGUUCCAAACAUUAUCGAAGUGUUCACAAGACCCAUGUUUGUGAUGUAUGUGGAGUUCGAUUCGCACACGCCAACAGAUUGACUGUCCACAAAGAACGUCAUCUGAAUUUAUUGAGCUAUUGUUGCACUUACUGCGAUCAUCGAUGCAAUACUAAAUCGGACCUUACGACGCACAUUAAUGUGAAACAUAAUGCAGCUUACUUUUUCGCUUGUGUAAUAUGCGGGGUUCGAUUCAAACGGAAAUCGGCAAUGAAGGACCACAUGAAUGGUCAUAACGACGAACGCAAAUACAAAUGUAACCAGUGUGAUAAAAGCUUUCAUAAAUUGAGCGCUUUGAGGCGCCAUAAAAAGAUGGUUCAUGAAAAUUUUCGUAGAUCUUGUGAGCAUUGCCAGCAAACGUUUUUCCAGUCGGAAAUGUUACGGGAUCACAUCGAGUACGUACACGGGAUUCAAGUUCGUUUUAUAUGCGACAUUUGUCUACAUGUGUUCUACGAUCAAGAUUCGUUAAAUACGCACAAACUGCGUCACGCCAACCCAAAGGAACUUGAAUGUGGAGUCUGUUUGGAUGUUUUCACUUCGAGUGAUCUGAUGAAAGAACAUUUGUGUAUUACUUACCGUGAUGAUUACAUAUGUUGUGGCAAGAACUUCUGGUAUCACCUUAGCUACAAUAAACACAUGCUGGUGGAGCAUGGAGUUAGGACGAACGUGCGUGUCAAACCUGAUCCUAACCACCUUUUCGGCUACAUUCGCAGCACUCGAACAAAGAAACCUAUUCGAAACUGCCCGAAGUGCUCUGCUAUAUUCACUACCAUAUAUCAGAAGAGGGAGCAUUUAAAAGUAUGCGAUGGUCCGCUUCCAACUAACAAAAAACGGAAAAAGACCAAGCCAACAGCGGAAACUAAUGCAUCCUCAAGCAUAGCCAUUGUCCAACAAUGAAUAUCUAUAAAACGAAUAUUUGUUCUAGAA